UAUCCAUUCGGAAUUUCCGCUUGUUGAAGACCUAAAGGCCUCGUUACCCUCAGUUAACCAGAAACAUCACGUCAGCUUGUGUGAACUGACAGGCUCCUAUAGCAAAUAAAACCUGAAAGGUAAAUGAGUAUGGACGACGACGUGCUUACAACUCUGAAAAUACUGAUAAUCGGGGAAAGCGGUGUUGGAAAGUCAAGUCUACUCUUGAGAUUUACAGAUGAUACGUUUGACCCAGAACUUGCUGCCACCAUUGGUGUGGAUUUCAAAGUAAAAACUAUUUCGGUGGACGGUAACAAGGCAAAGCUCGCAAUAUGGGACACAGCUGGCCAAGAGCGCUUCAGAACGCUGACACCUAGCUACUAUCGUGGUGCACAGGGAGUCAUCUUGGUGUACGAUGUUACGAGACGCGACACUUUUGCAAAGCUUGAUAACUGGCUAAAUGAGCUGGAGACAUACUGUACAAGGAAUGACCUCGUGAAAAUGCUGGUUGGAAACAAGAUUGAUAAGGAAAACCAUGAGCUCGACAGGAACGAAGGCCUCAAGUUUGCAAGAAAACAUUCCAUGCUUUUUAUAGAGGCUAGUGCGAAAACCCGGGACGGAGUGCAGUGCGCGUUCGAGGAGCUGGUGGAGAAGAUCAUCCAGACCCCGGGCCUGUGGGAGAGCGAGACGCAGAGCCGGGGCGUGCAGCUGUCCGACCAGGACGGCCAGGCCAGGGGGGGGUGCGGGGGGUACUGCUCUGUGCUGUAGACCCCGCGGUGGGAGGACCUGCUCAAACACACACAUUAUGGCAAAUUUAAGGAACAGAAACACAAUAAAGAAAAGAAAAAAAAACCGACAAGGAAAGCAUCGUUUUUUUAGACUGUUUGAACGGCCUCCGAAGUGUAAAUAGUCGUUGCACGUUUCUGCGGCUGUGUUCAUAGGGACAUUCGUACACUAUCCCCCUGUAUCAUGGCAGCCCUCAGUGGUUGUUAAACACCCCCCCCCCACCCUUAUACCGCCAAACAAUGUUUGCUGAGCACAUCUGCUCCACCCCCCUGUAGCCAGCCCCCCCCGCACAGCUGCCCUCACCAUGGUGAUGGCGGACGAACGUCAUGUAGGUGUUCCUCCCCGAAGCGGAGAGGGCGAAGAUUCAGAGGCUGUAGUGUGAACAGUCAAUGGCAUUUAUCCAUCCAUGCUGCCUUUUACUAUUUUUCUUUUUUCUUUUUUCUUUUAUCUUUCUUGGUGACACGUUUCUGUUCUAGUAAACAAAAAUAUAUUAUUUUUUUCCUUGCUCUUGCCAGUGCCCCUCCCCGUCAAUUGGGCAGAUUAGCAGAUGUAAUGCAUCCGACAGUACGUAGGUGUACACAACAACGUUCCUAAGAAGGGAUAAUCUGUAGUAUGCUCUUACUUUUCACAUAGUAUCAUCUUGUAUGCCUUGUAUCUCUUGAUUUGGAGAACCCAGUGGCAAAGAAAGACUGCUCUUCAAUUAUUUUGUCAGAUGAAGUUUAAGCUGUUGACAUGUCUCACUCAGCCUAACCGGAGACUUGCGGAUAAUAAAUCCUUGUGUUUCAGAAUUGGCUGUUUGUUCGAAAUGGAGUUACCAACAUUUCACUACUACUCUUAUUCACAUGGAUUCCAUGCUUGAAAUAUGUUCUGAAAGGUUUAUUAAUCAAACACCUUGGCACUAUGGCAGUCUUGAGUACUGAAAGGUGCAUGGCUGGCCUGUUUUCUCGGGUUUAAACACCUGUGAUCCACUCCUUCAGAACUGACCAAGCCUCAUUCCACAGUGAACCAAGAAAAUGUGUUCAGAAAAAGGCUGAAUUUUUUACACUUGUGGUUUUCCACGUGGCACAGCAUUCUGAGAAUAUUAUUAUUUUUAUUAUUAUUAUUAUUAUUAUUAUUAUUGUUGUUAUUAUUAUUAUCAUUAUCAUUAUUAUCAUCAUCAGUUUGUCACCUUUAUUUUAAUUUGGAGCUGUUUGUAUUUUAUGUGAUGUCCAUGCAUGUGCGAUGUCCUUCAUCCUUACCCCUGCCUGUAGUUAUGGAGUACUAUGGCGCAGGUGGGCUGUUUAGAAUGGGUACACUGGUGUACUGUAACAUGCCUUUUUGUCUGUUCAAAAAAUGUUUUUUUUUUUUUUUAUUGCAUGGAAAACCUUUGGCACAGAAAUGCAUACCCUUUUCCACUUGUAUAUUCAAAAAUAAAUGGUAUUAAUAACUUGCAAAGGCAUUGUGUUAAACGCUUUCAUAUUGUAAUAAAAAUUGAGUCAUUUACAUGGAGAAUGUACAGACACUCCUGACAAACUACAUUUAGUAAAUUACUGUACAUUUAUUUUUUUAAUCAAUUACAGAUAUUAUUUAUAGUCUAAUGUUGUAAUGUCAAGGAAAUGGCCACAAACAUACAUGAUUGUGUGUAAACCUGCAUUUGCUGAUUGAUUGAUGUUAAUUAUAAUUAAUGCAGUUGUUCAUUCUAAACUCCAUACUUCAGGUGAUGAGUCUUAGUUUAAUAUUGUAAAAUAAACUGACAUUGCUUCUAA